GGUUUUCUCACACCAUUUUUAAACAGCUAUUUGGUCUUUCAUUGUUGCUUAAAACAACGAUUCUCGUGUUACGUUUGAUAUUCCCACAAUCCCUUUAUACAUACAUAUAAUAACCUCACAAAAAAAUUUAGAAUAUGGAAGUAAUAAGUUCUUUAAUGUCUUCUUUUCUGCUUAAAUUCAUCCACAAAGACUUCCACGAGAUUUACUCAAGAAUGUCAGUCUUCGAUCGCAUGCUACUUCUUGGGUUCCUCCGCAGGGGUCAUUUCUUUGUAUGUGUUGUUCGGAAAGAGGAGGACUCAAUGAUUAUUCGUUCGCCGGAACGUAACUUCGGGAGAAGGGGUGGGGUCGUCGUAACAAAGUAGCCGUACUGGAAGAUCGUGCAUGCAGUUGAUAAGAUGGUUCCGUGGCACAAGCUUCCGGUAUUCUUGGGUUUGGCCUACCUAGGGUUACGCAGACAUCUUCACCAAGAAUAUAAUCUCAUCAAUGUCGGCCAAACUCCGGUUGGGACCCGGUUUAAUCCUGCUGAUUAUCCUUACCGGACUGCUGACGGGAAAUUCAAUGAUCCGUUUAACGAAGGCGUCGGCAGCGAAAGUAGCUUCAUCGGAAGAAAUUGUCCUCCAGUCGAUCAGAAGAUCAAGUUACUGAAGCCAGACCCCAUGGUAGUGGCGACAAAAUUAUUAGCAAGAAGAAAGUUGAUCGACACGGGAAAACAAUUUAAUAUGAUUGCAGCUUCAUGGAUACAAUUCAUGAUUCAUGAUUGGGUUGAUCAUCUUGAAGAAACUAAUCAGAUCGGGCUCGUGGCUCCAAAAGAAGUAGCGAACGAGUGUCCCUUAAGCUCCUUCAGAUUCUUCAAGACAAAGGAAGUUCCUACCGGUUUCUUCGAGAUCAAGACCGGUUCGUUAAAUUCCCGUACACCUUGGUGGGAUUCGAGCGCCAUCUAUGGAAGCAACUCGAAAGCGAUGGCGAGAGUGAGAACUUACAAAGACGGAAAACUAAAGAUAUCGGAGGAGACGGGUCUCUUACUCCAAGACCAAGACGGUUUAGCAAUUUCCGGCGACAUACGUAACAGUUGGGUCGGUGUCUCCGCCUUGCAAGCUCUCUUCAUAAAAGAGCACAACGCUGUAUGCGACGUACUCAAGAAGGAGUACGAUGAUUUGGAAGACGAAGAUUUGUACCGCCAUGCUAGGCUAGUGACGUCAGCAGUGAUUGCCAAGAUUCACACCAUAGAUUGGACCGUUGAGCUUCUGAAAACCGACACUUUACUUGCUGGGAUGCGAACAAAUUGGUACGGAAUUUUAGGAAAGAAGUUCAAAGAUUCGUUCGGACAUGUAGGGAGUUCCAUCUUGGGAGGUAUCGUGGGUAUGAAGAAACCGCAAAAUCAUGGAGUCCCAUAUUCGAUAACGGAAGAAUUCACCAGUGUCUAUCGAAUGCACUCGCUCUUACCUGAUCAGCUCGAACUACGUGACAUCGACGUUGUACCAGGAACUAAGAAAUCACUACCAUUGAUUGAAGAGGUUUCUUUCGGAAAAUUGCUUGGUCCUAAGGGAGAACAAACCAUGUCUCAUAUUGGAUUUACUAAGCUAAUGGUCUCAAUGGGUCAUCAAGCAAGUGGGGCUCUUGAACUGAUGAAUUAUCCAGUGUGGAUUAGGGAUCUUGUUCCCCAUGACCCCAAUGGCUACGAUCGUCCGGACCACAUCGACUUAGCUGCUUUAGAAAUCUAUAGGGACAGGGAGAGGAAUGUUGCACGGUACAAUGAAUUUAGGAGAUCUAUGUUUAUGAUUCCGAUAAAGAAGUGGGAAGAUCUAACGGACGAUAAGGAAGCAAUUGAAGCACUAGAAGACGUGUACGGUGGUAAUGUGGAAGAGCUCGAUCUUCUGGUGGGACUUAUGGCCGAGAAGAAAAUCAAAGGGUUCGCUAUUAGCGAGACUGCCUUUAACGUUUUCCUCCUCAUGGCUACUAGGAGAUUAGAAGCGGAUAGAUUCUUCACGAGUGAUUUCAAUGAAAUGACUUAUACAAAGAAAGGACUUGAAUGGGUGAAUACUACAGAGAGCCUCAAAGAUGUUUUUGAUCGCCAUUAUCCUGAAAUGACCGACAGAUGGAUGAACUCUGAAAGUGCAUUUUCAGUAUGGGAUUCACCACCGGUUGCCAAAAACCCAAUCCCUCUGUAUCUCCGAGUACCACCAUCUUAAAUCAGAUCGAUUAUGUCAGAUGUGACGCACUUUGAAUGACUUGAAUUUUAUUUUAUUGGUAUUGUUGGUUACUGUGAGCUGCGAAUGUGUGUUGCUGGGAGCUCUCAGCAUUAUUCAUCUACUACAAUUAUGUGGAAUAUUUGUAAAAAUGCAUGAUUGCUAUUUGCUUUGCUUUCGUGUAA